AUGUUUUUAUCGCAUAGCUUUUUAAAGAUAAGUUAUAAAAAAAAAAAUUUUUAUUUUAAUGGAAAAAAAUGUUUUCAUGGUUUUAUCAAGAAAAGGAAAAUAAAAAAUAGUGUUCUUAAGAGAAAAGAUAGAAUAAAAAUAGAAAAGAAAAUUAAAUUUAAAGAAAAAUUGAAGAUUAUUUUUUUUAGUUCUAUAUACUUUUUCAGCGCUGAUUAUAUUUAUCAUGUGUAUAUAUUAAAAGAUAAAAAUGAGAACAAUUUAAUUAAUCAAGAAAAAAAAAAUAUAAAUGAAAAGAAGAGUGAAUUGCCAGGCUAUUUAAAUAAAAUAAACAUACUUAGUAAGGGAAGCAAUACAAUAAACCAAAACGUAGAAAAAGAAAAAAUUAAAAUUAAUGAAAAAAGAGAAAUAAAAAAAAUACAACAAAAUGAAGACCCUUAUGAAAUAAAAAUUAACCGUAUAAAAAAAAAAGAUGGAGAUGAAAAUUAUAUAGAAAAAGAAUUGAUAAAUAAAAAAAAUCAGAUAUUUGGAUAUAAUGAAAAUAAUAAAAUGACAGAUAAGGAAAAUAAUAUUAAAGAUAUAAUUGCAAAUAAUUGUUAUAGGCAACAUUUUUUAAAUGGUUGCAACUUAUUUUUACUUGCAAAUGGAAUUGUUUUUUUAAGUUGGAGAUUAGGAGAAUUAAUGAAAAAUAAAAAAUUAUUUCAUUUUAUGAGUAGAAAUUUUAUAUGCUCUUUUGAUAAUAUUAAAAAAAAAUAUUAUCAUACAAUUUUAACUGCUAGUAUUAGUCAUAUAACUUUUCCACAUUUUUUAUUUAAUAUGUGGGCUUUUCAUACUAUAACUAACGUGUUAUUGUCUCCUGAAAUUAAAGAAAAUAAAAAAAAUUAUUUAUUUUUUAAUUAUAAGUCAAAUAGUUUAGAAAAAAAAAUUAACGAUAAUGAUAUAAUUAAUAUAUGUAUUUUAUCUUCUUUGUUUUCUACUAUUCCAUAUAUAUUUUUGAAUAAAAAAAAUCAAAUUCUAGGUGCAUCUGGAGCAAUAAUGGGGCUUAUUUAUAUUUUAUCUACAGUUAAACCAAAUGAAGUGUUUAUUUCUAUUUUUCCUUUUCCUUACUUAAAAUUAUCUUCAUUACAAUUAUGUCAUUUAACUAUUUUAACAAAUUUCCUUUUUCUAUUUUUUAAAAGAAAUGUUUUCAGUGUUGCAUGGUCAGCACAUUUAUUUGGACUUUUAGGAGGAGUAUUUUAUAAUAUUUAUCAAAGAAAAAAUAACAAUUAUAAUUAUUAUCCUUUUAUUGAAUUAUCAUUAAAAAAUGGAUAUAUUGAUUAUCUUAAUUCUUACUUAGAUUUCGUUGAUAUGCUGAAGUGUUUACAAUUAAGAACUGAAUUAUUCUUUUCUUUAGAUAAAAAUUAUAUUAAAAUAUUAAACAGAAAAAUUCAUACAAUUAAAAUGCUUCAAUCACAGAGAAGAUUAAAGUAUAAUAUUCAAAAAAUGAAAAAUUUAGAAAACAUGUCAAAGUAA